UCAGCUGUAUCCAAUCACAGCUGAUCACUGAUGAUCAGUGUGCCCUGAUGAUCAGUGUAGCCCCAGAAGUGCCACCUGUCAGUGUCCAUCAGUGCCUUGUGUCAGUGCUCAUCAGUGCCACAUAUCAGUGCCUACCAGUGCACAUCAAUGCCACAUAUCAGUGCCCAUCUGAGCUGCCUUUCAGUGUCACCCAUCAGUGCCAAUCAGUGCCACCUAUCAAUGCCAAUCAGUGCCACCUAUCAGUGCCAGUCAGUGCCGCCUAUCAGUGCCCGUCAGUGCCGCCUAUCAGUGCCCGUCAGUGCCACCUAUCAGUGCCAGUCAGUGCCGCCUAUCAGUGCCAUAUAUCAGUGCUGCCUUUCAGUGCCCAUCAGUGCCACCUACCAGUGCCUCCUCAUCAG